AGAGAAGAAUCCAAACAACACAUUUAUAUAGUUAAGAGAAAAAUCAUCAAGAAUUAUUUGGGAAAUAAAUGUACAAAUAUCUUGUCUGAAAAUAUAUGAGAAAUUACACGACCAGAAUAAACGACAGAGAUUUUCUUCAUGAGUCGGCAGAAUGAACAGUUUGUGUCAAUGUCUUUUUUGUAUCGUUGCAGGAAAAAUUUACAGGGAUAAAAACGAUGGAUCAUCUUAAAAGAUACUUCUUUGAUCUUAUUAAUAAUCUAAUAUUUAGAUGGAAGACAACAGAUUUUCCCCAGUCCAGGUUGGAGGCAAAGUUAUUCCAAUAAGAGAAAACAUUUGGAGCAGAGAAUGUCCUUCUGGAACAAGACACCAACAUCACGGCUGUUCUUUCAUUUUAUAGUAGAAAAACAGAUUUGACCAACAUCAGUGUCAGCAGGUCCAGACCCGGUGGAGUCAGAACAGAAGAUACAGAAGAUUUAAAAAGCAUUAUGACACCAGACGGGACGGCAUCAAAAACAAGAGCAUAUUCUUUAGGAGGGAUGGGGAGACCAAACUUUUCUACAAGUUCACAAUAAGACAUUAAGACGCCAUCAGGACUGAAAUCUGCUGAACUAAAAUGAUUCCACAUUCAAACCAAUUUUCCAAGAACAAAGAUUUAUGUUUGUACAGAAUAUCUCCAUUGUUCCAAAUAUGAUAUCGAUGGGGCGAAAAAUUGUGUUUGUAAAUUAGAGACCAGGAAAGAAGCAUUUGUUUGUGGAAAUUAGAAAACUUUAUAGGGAGUUUUUCAAUGUUGUAGUUGCAAAGAAGAAUAAAAUUAAGGCCACCAAGUUUUGAGAAUAAAUAGUUUGGUAUAAAAUUCCAGAUUAAAGAUGAAUUUUUAAUAAACUGUUUAAUCCAUUUUAUUUUGAAUGUGUUGUUUAAGGUAGAAAAAUCCAGAAAAUUGAGGCCACCAAGUUCCAAUGAGUUCAUUAAAACUGAUUUUCUGAUAUAAUGAAUUCUAUUUUUCUAUACAAAUCUGUAAAGCAUUUUAUCAAUGAUGUCAGAUGUUUGUUUAUUUACAGAAAGAGACAAAGCUGGAUAAGUUAAACGGGAGAUACCUUCUGCUUUUGAUAAUAAAAUUCUUCCUUGAAUUGAUAAAUCUCUUUGGAGCCAAGAAUUGAGUUUCUUUUGUACAUUUUCUAUAAUAGUAAUAAUAAUAUAAUAAUAAUUUUCCGUUACUUGUGAAGAGUUAUCUCUCGGGCCUUCAUGUCAACAGUUUAUCGAUUUGAACAAAAUAUCAGGCAGUGCUGUGUCUUCUUCUGCUGUUUUGGUUUAGCCAAGUCGGAGAGACGACCACUCCAAGAUGGCCGCCCAAGCAGCCAAUGAGGGGCCUGCUCUUUAUUAAGUCUAUCCUACGCCCUGCUAAUGGUAGGCGGAGCUUCAUAAACCAUGCCCUCCACUUCCCAGGCUUUCCUCCCAGGAAGUCUUCACCAGACUGAACACUUGGUUUUCCUCUGAUUCUGAAUUACUGAUGCCCUCAAAGCUGCAGCAGGAUCAGUUUUCAGUUUUAGAGGUGAUGAUGAUGAUGCUCUGAGCUGCUGUCCAAUCAGAGAACAGCUCUCAGUAACCUUUGCUCCGGUUGGACUUUGGAUCUUCAGCUACAGGCAAACACAGGAUCCUCGUUCUCCUGGCGUGUGAUCCACAAUGAAGUUCCCUUCUCCUCUUCCUCUCCUUCCUCCCAUCCUGCUGCUUGGAGUCUUCUUCCCUGCAGCUGAUAGUGGACACUUUCUGGCCUUUCCAGGUGAGCACAGCCACUGGCUGAACAUGCGAACCAUCAUAGAGGAGCUUGUGAGGAGAAACCACAAGGUGACCGUCCUGGUGCCGGAUGCUUCGCCGUCAGUCAACUAUAACAGCAGUCGAGACGCCGCCAAGUUCAACUUCUUGGUCUUCAAGGUUCCAUUCAGUAGAUCAGAUAUGAACAACAUUAUGCAGGAUUUUAUUCAGUUCUCCAUGUACAAGGCCCAUAACUCCUCCCUGCUGGAUCGAUUUCUGGUGCCACUGACAAUCAUGGGGAAGUUUUCCCAAAUUGGGAAGCAGCAGUGUGAGGCCAUGCUGAAAAACCAGCAGUUGAUGGCGACCCUGCGUGACGCUGCCUUUGAUGUGGUCAUCCUGGACCCAAUGGUGGUGUGUGGCGAUCUGGUGGCCGAUGUGCUCGGUGUGCCUCUGGUCCUUUCGCUGCGGUUCUCAUUCGGCAGCACUUUGGAGCGUCACUGCGGCCAAGCGCCGAUGCCAGCAUCCUUCAUCCCUGCAUCUCCACUGCCGUACAGCGACCACAUGACUUUUGGGGAACGGCUAGUCAACAUGCUGACCUACACAGGGAUGUCUGUGUUGAGCGAACUGUCCUGGAAAAUGACACUUGAUUCUUUCUACACUGAGAUCAAAGGAAGUCCUAGCAGCUUCUGCAGCUCCUUGGGGAGGGCUGAUGUCUGGCUGAUCAGAACCUUCUGGGACAUUGAGACGCCACGGCCAAUACCUCCAAACUUUUUCUAUGUGGGCGGUCUUCACUGCAGACCAGCCAAUCAGCUGCCAGAGGACCUGGAAGCCUUCAUGCAGAGCUCCGGAGAUGCUGGCGUAGUGCUUGUGACCUUUGGCUCCAUGGUAACCAAUCUUGCACCAGACAGAGCUAAUGUCAUUGCCUCUGCUUUGGGACGAUUACCACAGAAGGUAAUUUGGCGAUAUCGUGGCAAAACCCCGGCAACUCUGUCACCAAAUACAAAGCUUUAUGAUUGGAUCCCUCAGAAUGACUUGCUUGGACACCAACUGACCCGUGCCUUUGUGACUCACGGCGGGACCAACGGUUUAUACGAGGCAUUGUUUCAUGGUGUUCCAGUGGUCGGCAUCCCGCUGUUUGGUGAUCAGCCAGACAAUCUGGCCCGUCUGAGUCGCCGCGGCGCUGCUGUCGUCCUCCACUUCAACUACAUGACAGUGGAUGAGCUGGAGCAGGCGCUGCAUGCUGUCAUUAAUGAACCCCGCUUCAGGUCCAACAUGCAGCAGCUAUCUUCCCUGCAGCAUCAGCAGCCGGUGGCGCCGCUGAGCACAGCCGCCUUCUGGUUGGAGUUUGUGAUGCGGAAUGGAGGAGCUAAACACCUGAGGCUGGCAUCACAUGACCUGUACUGGUUCCAGUACUACAGCUUGGACACAGGAGUCACUAUGCUGCUCAUCAUAGCUGCUGGCGCUGCCCUCUGCUGGACGGGGCUUUGCUGCAUCCUGCGCCACUGCAAAGGGCGAGCACACAGACAGAAGAACGACUGACCAGCUGUUUUGAACAUUAUUGUUUUAUCUGGAUCUGUUCAGUCCAAGCAGAACACCAGAUGCAGUUUUCAGGGUUUCUUCACAUUUUCCUGACUGAGGUUCCUCCUGGAUCAUGGAGACUCUGUUUUGUAAUAUUUGUAAUAUAUCCCUAAAGUGGUAACUAUAAUUCUGGAUUAAAAGUGCUCAGUACAA